AUGGAGAUUCCAGGCUUGCCGCUGACUGCGGUGGUGGAUAUUUUCAGGUUCCAAGGAAGCUGCAUUGUUGAGCACUGGGAUGUUGCAACGGCGAUGCCGCCUAAUGCUACAAAUCCUUUGGCGCUAUUUGAGUGUUGUUCACUCUGUUUCGGAGAACGAAGCAGUUGA